AUCACGAGUCGCUAUGAUAAGGGACGUAUGUACAGACCUCGUACCCCCGCGUGAUGGAUCUAUCGUCUCCGUUCGUUACGUUUUACGCGGCUAUGCAAAUCUGGAUGCGCGCGCAUCCGCCGGCCAUUUUGCUACGGUUACGACUAGCGCGUAUUCGUGUGCGUAUUUUGGCGGUUUACCAGUUGCACGCGGCACGCGUACCACGCGCGUAUCGGCGGCAAAGAGGUCGCGCGUGUCAGUCAGCCAGACAAGCCAGACGAGUGUAUAGCGGUAGGUUGCCGCUGUAGCGUAGCGCGACAACGGUUACGGGAAGUGAGAGCUCCGAUCCGUGUGAGAGAAGCAGAGUGAACGAUCGAACCGAAGAAGUAAAAAGAAUCAUCGGCCGACGGAGUGGCAGCGACGAUGGAGCUGCACACGCCGAAGCGGGAGCCGCGGCCGUCAGCGGAAGCUGCGCUUGACCGCAGCCCGUCAAUGUGCGACACGACGCUCUACCCAUGGAACUGGGGUGAGGAGGCGCGCAACGUGAACCUAAGUCCGGGCAGCUCGUGUUCCUCGCCGGAGUACAGAGAACAGCACGCUCUAACGGGUCUAGACACUCUAGACGCGAGCGGUGGCAGCGGCGGUAACGGCGGCAGCGGCGGUGGCGGUGGCGGUGGCGCGGGUGGCAGAUCGGUUGGCGCCGGCAACAGUUCCGAAAGCCACCGGCGCGGCCGGCCGCGCGCCGACGCACUCACGAAUCUCAUGAAGCAGGGCAGCACGUCGCCGAGCAGCAUCAAAUGCACCUACUGCCACCGGGUGUUCCCGCGCGAGAAGAGUCUGCAGGCGCACCUGCGCACUCACACGGGAGAACGUCCAUAUCUGUGUGAUUAUCCUGGAUGCACAAAGGCUUUCACCCAGUCGGGACAAUUGAAGACGCAUCAACGAUUGCAUACAGGAGAGAAGCCGUUUUUGUGCACUGAACCAGGUUGUGAAACGAGAUUCACUCAUGCUAAUAGACAUUGCCCCGACCAUCCUUAUGCUAAUCUUACAAGAUCUGAUGAUUUUGUAUUAAAGCCAGUAUCAGAAAAUACAGAAUUGCCAUGUGAUGUAAGCCGAUGGCUGGAGCGUUACAAGAUGUCUAGGGAACGAGAAGAUCGAACUCCAAAGAUGGAACGAAAAAAGAAGACAUGGAAGAGUACUGAAAAUCAUAAAAGGAUAAAAUCUAGAAAAGGUCUUAUGAUGGAUAUUGCUGGGGAACAAGAAAAUCUCGAUCGCAAUCCGUCGAAUCAACGGUUGCACUAUGGAGAGAAUCAAGAUAGUCAAGAGGAUAGCCAAGAUGAGGAUCCAACAGAAACUUGUUGUGCAGUACUGCAAACAUCAGAGGAUGAGGAAGCGUCAAGUGCCAAGUUUGCAAUCUCCUCGCUGAGAAGACCCUUAGACAGAUUACAACCAAAGAAACGAUGGCUACGAAAUGCUUGCUUGGAUCCGCAGUUAGAUCUGAACGAGGACAUUCGAUCUAACAAUGUAUCGACUGUACAUAAGAUUGACGAAAAACAAAUUUUAAGUGGAUCUACAGAACCAGAGCUUCACUGGUACACAACAUAUUUGAACAAUUCUGUCAAUGAGAAUAAUACACCCAUAACGAAUAUAGACAAUAAUUUAGAAACUCCAAAUGCACAAUUAGAAUCUUCAUAUAGCACCUCUCAAAUAUGUUGUAUGAUGAAUCACAACGAAUCUUCAAGAGUAACAGAAGAAAAUGUAUAUGAGAUUGUACAUUCUCUGAAUCAGCCACAAUGGGAUUCUUUGAAUAAUUUGUCAAAUAAUCAGAGUAUCUUUGACACUAGUAUUAAUGAAUCUGCUGUAAAAAUUGAAGAUCUUGAAUCUGCAUGCUCACAUUUUGAUUACACGGAACAAAUCAUUCAUACAGAUACAACGAAUGAGAGUAUAUCAAUCACUUCUCGGAGCGAAAAUGAAACUAGACCAACAGUUCUAAUGUUGGCUGGUGGUUCCAAUAGCAACAAGGAAAUUAUCUCAAAACCGUCUGCAGUAGAUCCUAUGGAAACGAAAACGAAAAUAGUUGUUAAUCAGGAAGACAAUAUAAGCAUAGUUAAGUUACCGGUACAAGAAGACAAUAAAGAAUGGCAGGGUGCUUUAGCAUUAAUGGAACUAGCCAAGAUGCAAGAAGAGGCAAGGAGUUUAACACGUCUUAAGCAUAAUGUAAGGGACGAAUGCUCUGCGGCUUCAGAAUUAUUAUAGCCACUUACAGACUGUGAUUACAGAUAUGUCGAAGACUGAUGAACUUGGUAAAAACAAAUCGGAUUUAUCUGCUAUGAACAAUAUUAUUAAUAUUAAAUAGAUUAAGGCAAAAGUAGUCCAAAGUACUUAAAGGAAAACUGGAAAAGAUAACGGAUGGAGGUAGGAUAAGUCUUUCUUAAAUUGAGAUGAGGGAAUCUGGAGGGCAACAAAUACUGAUGAAGAUAUAAGAAGAGGAAAUGCGUUUUUUGUAACAUAGGUAAAGAUAAUAUAGAAUAUUUUGUAACGGAAUGCAGGAUAACUAAGGAAUGGUUUGAAGGUUUAGGGUGUCAUAUGGUAGAAAAGUAUAAUGCCUCGUCUAUGGGUCAGUUAUUGACCAUAAAAAUCUAGUCAAUCACACAGUUGAUUUUAGGAAAGAUUAAGCGAACCUAAUUGAUUCAAUUUCUUACUAUUCUUGUAUUUAUUGUAUAUAUCACCAUUAUAUUGUAUUUGCCAUUGUAUUACUAUUUUUAGAAUUAUAUUGUUAUAUUAUUUUAUAUUGGAUAAAUAAUUUAGUAGAUAAUUUAGUAUCAACGUCAAAUACAAAAAUUUAGUUUAAUUUAAUUUUAAUUUUAAGGUAAUGCGGUGUGAAUGAGAAUAGGUGGAGAAAUGAUUGAAAUCAGAGAUUUUAUUGUAAACCAAGUCCCGUUUCUUGAUUGUAAUACCGAAGUGCAAUAAUUAUUCAUUUAUUCAUA